UGCGUGCCUUUCCUGUGCUGCCUUGUAGGAGCUGAGCUGAGUGAUGUGGGGCAGGCGAAGGGAUCCGAUGUCUGUGCAGGGUUUGGCAGCAGCUUUGUGUGAGGCAGCGCCAGGGGUGAGCUCUUGGUUUUUGGGAAUUUUUGCUUAUCUGAACUACAGAGUGCCUCGGACUCGGAAGGAAAUCUUUGAAACCCUGAUAAAAGGAUUACAGAGACUAGAAUACAGGGGAUACGACUCUGCAGGAGUGGCAAUUGAUGGAAAUAAUAAUGAAGAUAAGGAAAGGUUUAUCAAACUGGUCAAGAAAAGAGGAAAAGUAAAGGCCCUGGAAGAAGAGUUGUACAAACAAGAUGGCUUGGAUUCCAAAGCAGAUUUUGAAACACAUUUUGGAAUUGCUCAUACUCGCUGGGCGACCCAUGGAGUACCAAGUGCAAUAAACAGUCACCCUCAGAGAUCAGAUAAAGGGAACGAAUUUGUUGUUAUCCAUAAUGGAAUCAUCACAAAUUACAAAGACCUGAGAAAAUUUCUGGAAAGCAAAGGCUAUGAAUUUGAGUCUGAAACAGAUACAGAAACGAUCCCUAAGCUGAUCAAAUAUAUGUAUGACAACAGAGAGAGUGAAGACACCAGUUUUUCAGCUUUGGUAGAAAGAGUUAUUCAACAGUUGGAAGGUGCUUUUGCAUUGGUUUUCAAGAGCAUCCAUUAUCCAGGUGAAGCUGUUGCUACCAGGAGAGGGAGUCCUUUGCUCAUUGGAGUUAGAAGCAAGUACAAACUUUCCACUGAACAGAUUCCUGUUUUAUACAGAACAUGCAACAUUGAGAAUAUGAAGAACAUGUGCAAUUCACGAAUGAAAAGACUGGACAGCUCUACUUGCCUGCAUGCUGUUGGGGAUAAGGCAGUAGAAUUUUUCUUUGCUUCGGAUGCAAGUGCUAUCAUUGAGCACACCAACAGAGUAAUUUUCUUGGAAGAUGAUGACAUUGCAGCAGUGACUGAUGGGAAGCUUUCAAUUCAUCGUCUGGAGCGUUCAGCCAGUGAUGAUCCUUCCCGGGUCAUUCAAACCUUGCAAAUGGAAUUGCAGCAAAUCAUGAAGGGUAACUUCAGUGCGUUCAUGCAAAAGGAAAUUUUUGAACAACCAGAAUCAGUUGUCAACACUAUGAGAGGCAGGGUGAAUUUUGAGAACAGCACAGUUCUGCUGGGGGGCCUGAAGGACCAUUUAAAAGAAAUCAGAAGAUGCCGAAGACUGAUCAUUAUUGGCUGUGGGACCAGUUAUCAUGCUGCAGUAGCUACUCGGCAAGUACUGGAAGAAUUAACUGAAUUACCCGUGAUGGUAGAACUUGCUAGUGACUUCUUGGACAGGAACACACCUGUGUUCAGAGAUGACGUCUGCUUUUUUAUAAGUCAGUCAGGUGAAACUGCAGAUACACUUAUGGCUUUGAGGUAUUGCAAAGAACGCCGUGCUCUAACAGUUGGCAUCACAAACACAGUUGGAAGCUCAAUAUCCAGAGAGACUGACUGUGGUGUGCAUAUCAAUGCAGGACCUGAGAUAGGUGUGGCAAGCACAAAGGCUUAUACCAGCCAGUUUGUGUCUCUUGUGAUGUUUGGCCUCAUGAUGUCUGAAGACAGAAUUUCUUUGCAGAAAAGAAGAAGGGAAAUCAUUAGUGGACUAAAAUCAUUGCCAGAGAUGAUUAAAGAAGUCUUGUCCUUGGAUGAGAAGAUACAUGACUUGGCUCUUGAACUAUACAAACAAAGGUCACUGCUGGUUAUGGGUCGUGGAUAUAAUUAUGCCACUUGUCUGGAAGGAGCUCUGAAAAUAAAAGAAAUCACCUAUAUGCACUCUGAAGGUAUCUUAGCUGGUGAGCUUAAACAUGGUCCACUAGCCCUAAUAGAUAAACAAAUGCCGGUUAUCAUGGUCAUAAUGAAGGAUCCUUGCUUCACCAAGUGCCAGAAUGCUCUGCAACAGGUCACAGCUCGACAGGGUCGUCCAAUCAUCCUGUGUUCUAAGGAAGACACGGAAAGCUCAAAAUUUGCCUACAAAACCAUUGAGCUGCCUCAUACGGUUGAUUGCCUUCAAGGAAUCUUGAGUGUUAUUCCUCUCCAGUUGCUUUCAUUCCACCUGGCUGUUCUCAGAGGAUAUGAUGUGGAUUUUCCAAGGAAUCUGGCCAAAUCGGUUACUGUAGAAUAACAGCCAAGAACAGUGGAUAUUUUUGUUACCAGACUCUGUUAUGCUUGUGGAAAUGUGUUGUUCUGAAUCAAUAGGUACACGUUUUUCAAAGGGAAUGAGAGUGAUAACUGGCAGGUGUCAGAAGGAUUUACCUUGCAGCUUUAAAAGCUUCCAAUGUGCCUUGUUACCCAAGUGCUUUUGCUCACAGCAAAUGUUUCUAAGUCCCAAAAUUGCCAAAGGAUAAGAUAAAAAUCAUUGUUUACACAUGAUAUACUGAAUGAACUUUUCUACUGUGCAAUAUAUAUAUAUAUACAGCUCUCUUCAGAGUAACUGUGAACGUUUUUUUUUUAGCCUACACUACUUAACUAGUUUUAAAGAUAAAGUAUUUAUAAGUACAACUGUAUAGCUUUUCUUAAGUUAUUUUUUUAGUAUGUUGCUUAUCGAUAGCAUUGGUAAUAAUGAGCUGACAUGCUCAGCGCUCAUGGCAAGUUUGUGUACAGUUUUAUAGGGGUUUUUCUACUACAUCCUCAAACUGGAAAUAGGUUCUUCUCUUCCUCCCAUCUUCCUACCCCCCUCUCCUAUGGUUUACACCUGGUUUGUAUUUCACCACCUUUUGCAAAGAGUUCCUGUGGCUGUCAAUUCUCAGCUGUGUUUUAGCUCCUCCUCCUGCUUUCAGCUGUAACACCAUGAGAAGGCCCAGCAGCGUUUUGUAUCUCAUUGCCUGCUUUGUACAGGGCAAUUAAAUAAGGGAACUGCCAAAAUAAGGGUACCUUCCAAAAGGUGCUUAUGAUUGAAGUGUGUACAAUGUAAUUAAUAUGCAAUUAAAGAAAAUAUUAUACAGA